AUGUGUCGGUGUGUGGGUAUGUCAGUCUGCCGUGUGCCGGUGUGUCCGUGUGUCGGUGGUGUGUCGGUGUGUCCGUGUGCCGGUGUGUUGGUGUGUCGGUGGUGCGCCGGUGUGUCGGUGGUGUGUCGGUGUGCCGGUGGUGCGCCGGUGUGUCGGUGGUGUGUCGGUGUGCCGGUGUGUCGGUGGUGUGUCGGUGUGCCGGUGUGUCGGUGGUGUGUCGGUGGUGUGUCGGUGCGCCGGUGUGUAGGUGGUGUGUGGGUGGUGUGUCGGUGUGCCGGUGUGUCGGUGGUGUGUCAGUGGUGUGUCGGUGUGCCGGUGUGUAGGUGGUGUGUCGGUGGUGUGCCGGUGUGCCGGUGUGUCGGUGGUGUGCCGGUGUGCCGGUGUGUAGGUGGUGUGUCGGUGGUGUGCCGGUGUGUCGGUGGUGUGUCGGUGUGCCGGUGGUGUGUCGGUGGUGUGUCGGUAUGCCGGUGUGUCGGUGGUGUGCCGGUGUGUCGGUGGUGUGUCGGUGGUGUGUCAGUAUGCCGGUGUGUCGGUGGUGUGCCGGUGUGUCGGUGUGUCGGUGGUGUGCCGGUGUGUCGGUGA